AUGCUAUACCAUGCUCCGAUGAGGAGUUCAUCACAAAUACUAUCCAGGUACGUGAAGAAAGACGAUGAUCGCGACGAGGAAGCAGAGUACUCCCCCUUUUCUGGAAUCGAGAAAGGAGCAGUUCUUCAGGAAGCUAGGGUCUUCAAUGAUCCUCAGUUAGAUUCAAGGAGAUGUUCACAGGUUAUCACCAAGCUGCUUUAUCUUCUGAAUCAAGGUGAUACCUUUACAAAGGUUGAAGCCACAGAAGUUUUCUUUUCAGUAACAAAACUUUUCCAGUCUAAAGAUAUUGGAUUAAGAAGAAUGGUUUAUUUGAUCAUAAAGGAGCUCUCUCCCUCUGCAGAUGAGGUUAUUAUAGUCACGAGUUCCCUUAUGAAAGACAUGAAUAGCAAGACUGAUGUGUAUCGGGCAAAUGCUAUUCGUGUUCUCUGUCGCAUCACAGAUGGGACCCUUCUGACUCAGAUUGAGAGAUACUUAAAACAAGCUAUUGUUGACAAAAACCCUGUAGUUGCCAGUGCAGCCCUAGUCAGUGGUAUCCAUUUGCUCCAGACAAACCCAGAGAUUGUGAAAAGAUGGAGCAAUGAAGUACAAGAAGCUGUUCAAUCUAGGGCUGCACUUGUACAGUUUCAUGCCCUUGGUUUGCUCCACCAGAUAAGACAAAACGACCGCUUAGCUGUCAGCAAAUUAGUUACCAGCUUAACAAAGGGUACUGUUCGUUCACCUUUAGCCCAAUGCCUACUCAUCCGUUACACCAGUCAGGUUAUUAGGGAGUCGAGCAUGAACAGUCAACCUGGGGACCGCCCAUUUUAUGACUAUUUGGAAAGUUGUCUCCGCCACAAAUCAGAGAUGGUUAUUUUUGAAGCUGCAAGGGCAAUAACGGAAUUAAGUGGUGUUACUAGCAGAGAAUUGACACCUGCAAUAACUGUCCUACAGCUCUUCUUAAGUUCCUCUAAGCCAGUACUUCGAUUUGCUGCUGUCCGCACAUUAAACAAGGUGGCGAUGACUCAACCAAUGGCAGUAACUACCUGCAACAUAGAUAUGGAGAGUCUAAUUUCAGACCAAAACAGAAGUAUUGCUACCCUUGCCAUUACCACACUUCUGAAAACAGGAAAUGAAUCAGGCGUUGAUCGUUUGAUGAAGCAAAUUACAAACUUCAUGUCUGACAUUGCUGAUGAGUUCAAAAUUGUUGUGGUUGAUGCCAUUCGAUCAUUAUGUUUGAAGUUCCCCCUGAAAUUCAGAACAUUGAUGAAUUUCUUAAGCAAUAUAUUGAGAGAGGAAGGUGGGUUUGAGUACAAAAAAGCAAUCGUUGAUUCAAUUGUUACUAUUAUAAGAGAUAUCCCAGAUGCAAAAGAGGGCGGCCUCCUUCACCUCUGUGAAUUCAUCGAGGAUUGUGAAUUCACAUAUCUUUCAACACAGAUUCUUCAUUUUCUUGGAAUUGAGGGACCAAAAACAGCAGACCCCAGCAAAUUCAUACGCUAUAUAUAUAACCGUGUCAUACUUGAAAACGCAACUGUUCGAGCCAGUGCAGUUAGCACUUUGGCAAAGUUUGGAGCUAUGGUUGACUCACUCAAGCCUCGUAUAUUUGUUCUGUUGAGGCGCUGUUUAUACGAUAAUGAUGAUGAGGUUCGUGACAGGGCUACACUAUAUCUGAAUACCCUUGGAGGUGAUGGUUCUGUUGUUGAAACUGAUAAAGAUGUAAAGGAAUUUCUCUUUGGGUCACUGGAUCUCCCACUGGUCAACCUCGAGACUAGUUUGAAAAACUACGAACCAUCAGACGAACCCUUUGAUAUCAAUUCUGUAUCAAGGGAAGUCAAAUCUCAGCCAUUUGCUGAGAAAAAAGCUCAGGCUAAAAAGCCCACUGGUCUUGGUGCUCCACCAGCUGGCCCCACUUCAACAGUUGAUACUUAUGAAAAGUUACUCUUAUCAAUCCCAGAGUUUUCAACGUUUGGACAGCUUUUUAAGUCAUCUGCACCAGUGGAGCUGACUGAAGCUGAAACGGAGUAUGCGGUUAAUGUUGUCAAACACAUAUUCGAUAAGUAUGUUGUGUUCCAGUACAACUGUACCAAUACGAUCCCUGAGCAGUUAUUGGAAAAUGUCACGAUUGUUGUGGAUGCUUCAGAAGCAGAAGAAUUUGAAGAAUUAGCAACCAAGCCAUUAAGAUCCCUGCCAUACGAUACACCAGGACAAACAUUUGUUGCAUUUGAAAAACCAGAAGGUGUUCCAUCUAUUGGCAAAUUUUCCAAUGUCUUGAGGUUCAUUGUUAAAGAGGUUGAUCCUUCGACUGGUGAGGCUGAGGAAGAUGGUGUGGAAGAUGAAUAUCAACUGGAGGAAUUUGAGGUGGUUGCAUCAGACUACAUGCUUAAAGUCGGGGUCUCAAAUUUCCGAAAUGCAUGGGAAAGCUUAUCCCCGGAUUUCGAGCGUGUUGAUGAAUACGGCCUUGGUCCAAGGGAAAGUUUGAAAGAAGCCGUGAACACUGUCAUCAACCUUCUUGGCAUGCAGCCUUGUGAAGGGACAGAAGUGGUUGCAGCCAACUCAAGAUCACACACGUGUUUGUUAUCGGGUGUGUACAUAGGCAAUGUGAAGGUGCUUGUUCGCUUAUCGUUUGGAGUUGAUGGUGCCAAAGAGGUUGCAAUGAAACUUGCUGUCAGAUCUGAGGAUGAACUUGUAAGUGAUGCUAUUCAUGAACUUGUAGCCAACUAGUCCCUUUUUUGUAUUUUGUAUUUUGUUCUUUUUGGAGUUUUUGAUUUACAAAAUUAUGAGACUGGUGGUUGAGUUUGAGAUUAAGGGGAUAUAAAAUUGUUCUUUUUGUCUAGUCAAUAAGGAUUAUUUGAAGAUAGUUUUGUGAACAAUGCUAAGACAUACAUGUGGUUGAUAUUUUGUGGUGUAAACAAGAAGAAAUAGUAUAUGUAUUUUGCUUUCA